ACAGUAAUGUGUGCCCACGUUUCAUCCCAGACUGUGUCACUAAGGUCUUCAAGGACACCAGCUUCCAAGGAGGUGACAUAAGUACCGUUUUCACACCGAGUGCCAAGUACUGCCAACUGGUCUGCACCCAUCACCCACGCUGCUUGCUCUUCACGUUCAUGGCUGAGUCGUCUUCUGAUGAGCCUACCAAAUGGUUUGCUUGUGUCCUGAAGGACAGUGUCACAGAAACAUUGCCAAUGGUAAAUAUGACAGGAGCAGUUUCUGGUUAUUCCUUCAAGCAAUGCCUUCAACAAUUAAGUGCUUGCAGCAAAGAUGUGUAUGUGGACCUAGACAUGAAGGGCAUGAACUAUAACAGUUCUCUUGUGAGGAACGCUCGGGAAUGCCAAGAGAGGUGCACGAAUGACGUCCAUUGUCAUUUCUUCACCUAUGCAACAGGACAUUUUCCCAGUGUGGAGCAUCGUAAGAUGUGUCUUUUGAAGUACAGCCAAACGGGGACACCCACCAGAAUAACAAAACUCAAUUAUGUGGUAUCUGGAUUUUCACUGAAGUCCUGUGGACUUUCUAACUUGGCUUGCAUUAGGGACAUUUUCCCUGACACAGUGCUUGCAGACCUUAACAUCGACAGCGUGUUGGCGCCCGAUGCCUUUGCUUGCCGCCGCAUUUGUACUCAUCACCCUGGUUGUUUGUUUUUUACAUUCUUUUCCCAAGGAUGGCCAAAAGAAUCUCAGAGGCAUCUUUGCCUCCUUAAAACCUCUGAGAGUGGGUUACCGAGCACGCGCAUUCCGAAGAGCCACGCCCUUUCCGGCUUCAGCCUUCAGCAUUGCCGGCACAGCACGCCAGUAUUCUGUCACCCGUCAUUUUACAACGACACCGACUUCUUGGGAGAAGAAUUGGACAUCAUUGAUGUGAAAGGCAAAGAAACCUGCCAGAAACUCUGCACUGACACUGUGCGCUGCCAGUUCUUUACCUAUUAUCCACCUCGAGGAUCUUGCAAUGAAAGGAAGGGCAGAUGUUACUUAAAACUUUCUUCAAAUGGAUCUCCAACUAGAAUACUCCAUGGGAGGGGAGGCAUCUCUGGAUACACAUUGAGGUUGUGCAAAAUGGAUAAUGUGUGCACAACCAAAAUCAAGCCCAGGAUUGUCGGAGGAACAGCGUCUGCUCACGGUGACUGGCCGUGGCAGGUGACUCUGCACAUCACCUCGCCCACCCAGGGACACCUGUGUGGAGGCUCCAUCAUUGGAAACCAGUGGAUACUGACGGCUGCUCACUGUUUCUCUGGAGUAGAGACAUCUAAAAAUCUGCGCGUCUAUGGUGGCAUUGUAAAUCAAUCUGAAAUAAAUGAAGAUACUGCUUUCUUCAGGGUUCAAGAAAUAAUAAUUCAUGACCAAUACAAGACAGCAGAAAGUGGGUAUGACAUCGCUCUGUUGAAACUGGAAUCGGUCAUGAAUUACACAGAUUUUCAGCGGCCAAUAUGUCUGCCUUCCAAAGGAGAUAGAAACGUAGUAUACACAGAAUGCUGGGUGACUGGAUGGGGAUACACAGGAUCGAGAGAUGAAAUACAAAGUACUCUCCAGAAAGCCAAGGUACCAUUGAUUUCAAAUGAAGAAUGUCAGACAAGAUACAGAAGGCAUAAAAUAACCAACAAGAUGAUCUGUGCAGGAUACAAAGAAGGGGGGAAGGAUGCAUGCAAGGGCGACUCUGGAGGGCCCCUGGCCUGCAAACACAGUGGGGUCUGGUACUUGGUGGGCAUUACAAGCUGGGGCGAAGGCUGUGCUCAAAAGGAGAGGCCAGGCGUCUACACCAACGUGGCCAAGUACGUGGACUGGAUUUUGGAGAAAACUCAAACGGUGUGAAAGAGUUCAAUAGGUAUCACUCAAUAGCUAUUGGCCCUGGAAGACUGUUCCGUAGAGAAGGCCCUGAUGUCACUGAAGAAGAUAGUGGGAUGCGCUGUCCUCAACUGUAACAAAGAAGGGGCUCCAUGUAUGUAAGAAAAUACAGGAAAAAAAUAAACCCUAUCAUUUUCUGUGGGAAUCAUAGAAUGUUACUCAUGGAGAUAUUUUUUAAAUAAAAAUAUAGCAGAUAUACCAGGGAAGUAUCAAAUAA